GUAGAGCGCAGUACUUUCCUGAUAUUGCUUCUCGACACAAAGUCAUACAAGAAGCUCACGCAAUUAAUAAUAUUUAUUUUUAUAUGCUUUCAUAAUUCAUAGCCAUUCCUAUUAUAAUUCUUGAUCAUUGUAUAAAGCUUAAUUUCUUUCUUCCAACUUCGACAAUAAUGAGACACUCCACCAAAUGACGCAUGUCGAGUCUGAAGUGUCAACAACAAUGGCUUCUGCAGAGCAGGACGACGAUAUAUUAGACAACUGGGAGGACAUAGAGGAGAACCCGGCUGUUUUAGAAGAACGACUGGAAAAAUUGGCUCUAGAAAGGACAGCACAAGCACAGUCGCGUGUUCAUGGUUGCGAUGUUCCAAUAGUGACCUGUGAAGAUAGUGGCAGGACUCCGUUUACUCCUCAGGAGCCCAAAAUUAUGAUUUUAAGAAGACCACAAGCAAAGUCAGAUCAGUCUGUAAAUGGAAUGAUUACUGCCAAACAGAAGCAGCCUGUUAAAACUUUGGAACAGUGCUGCUUGUUUUUUACAAUGGAUUUACUAGACAAAAUAGAUGAAAACAAACUAUCAUCGAGAUACCUCCAGCCGAUCAAGUUCUUCGUAACAAAGCAAAAUAGUCCCAGAGAAAUUGUAAACGCCCACAGCAGUAUUACCAUAACAGUCCCAGUAUGGCUCACCAAUAGCCUUACGUUGUGUAUCGAAAUUCCUGGAGAGAACUGUACAUUUUCAAGCAUAUGUGCAGUUAUUAAUAGCAACAAUGAAAGACAGCAAGAGUAUGCAGUAGCUAGAUUAAGAAUAUUAGGUGACUCGGGGGACUCGGAAGAUGGUAAACCUAAACCAAUACAACAAAAAUCUCUGGAACAGGGAGGAAUUGGGCUUGAGAGUCAUAUCAAGAGUACUUACGUCAAAGCUGAACCCCAACUAUAA